UGCAGCCACCCCUCAGCUCUCUGCAACUGAAGGAGGCGACCCCGCCUCCCCUCCCAAACCCUGGGUCUGGAACAGAGGGAACCUGCUUAAACCCCAGCUCCGGGUCUCAUCUCGGAUUAAUCAAUCCGCCCCCCGCCCCCUCCCUCCUGCAUUUAGGAGCCCGGUUUGCCUCGGCAUCUGCCUCUUCUGAUCCGGACCAGUCUCCCAAUCAGCCGGAGGGAGGCUGGGGAGAUUGAGUCUCUGUGCAAAUUUGCAUCGACUCCCCUAACUCCCAUUCCGAGUGAAAAAGCCGCUGCAAGAGUUGGGUUGAUCCGAAUUUACAGGAGGAGUGAGACUAUAAAAAAGAAUCCGGAUCUGGAGGGAUGUCCCCCCGUCAGUUUCCAGCUGAUUGGGCAUUUCCUUGUUGCAGAAAUUGACCUGAGAAAUUCCAGGAGGCUGGAGAGAGAGAGGGAGAGAGAGGCUGCUCCGCACAUUGUCGCAAGCCAUGGGUUACUGUGGUAGGAAAACGAAAACUUUGGUCUCCACUUGUGUGAUCCUGAGCGGAGUCAGCAAUCUCCUGUGCCUCAUCUACAUCGGCUGGGUUACCAACUACCAGGGCAGUGGAUACAUUAAAGUGCAGCCGCCUUUACCUGAACUUAAAUUGGAGGAGGACAAGAGGGAGAAUCUGAGGCUGAGGGAGAGGUUAGAUCGGCUGGAGAAUGUUGUAAAUCAACACUUACAAGAAGUUCCACAGAAGCUGGAGGAGAAUGUGGCUGCUAAUGUCUUCACUGAUUCCUCCCUCUUCAGUCACUGGGGCCACGACCUUACUCCUGAAAAUCGAAGGGUUGCUUUGAAGAAGUUCCAGUACUAUGGCUACAACAGCUACCUCAGUGACCAGCUCUCGUUGGACAGGUCUAUUCCAGAUCUCAGGCCCGAUGGGUGCAGAAACAUCACCUACCCAGCAAACCUCCCUCAAGUCAGCGUGGUGUUUAUUUUUGUUAAUGAAGCCCCUUCUGUUGUUCUACGCUCCAUGCACUCGGUGAUAUCCAAAACCCCAGCUCACCUGCUCAAGGAGAUCGUACUAGUUGAUGACCACAGCAACAAUGACGAACUCAAAGAGAAGUUACGAGCUUAUGUUGAUGAAGUGAACGCACGUCAGCCAGGCUUUGUAAAGGUGAUCAGACACCAGAAGCAAGAAGGCCUGAUCCGAUCGCGAGUCAGUGGCUGGAGAGCAGCGACAGCUCCUGUUGUUGCCCUCUUUGAUGCACAUGUGGAGUUUAGUGUUCAAUGGGCUGAGCCAAUACUCUCAAGAAUAAAGGAAGACAGAACACGUAUCAUAUCUCCUUCCUUCGAUAACAUCAAAUAUGAUAAUUUUGAGAUUGAAGAGUAUCCCCUGGCGGCCCAGGGUUUUGACUGGGAAUUGUGGUGUCGUUACUUAAAUCCUCCCAAGGAAUGGUGGAACCUGGGAAACACGACAGCUCCAAUCAGAAGCCCUGCUCUGAUUGGUUGUUUUGUGGUAGACAGACUGUACUUUGAGGAGAUUGGCUUACUGGAUGAAGGCAUGGAGAUCUACGGAGGGGAGAAUGUGGAACUCAGCAUCAGGGUCUGGCAAUGUGGGGGCAGUGUGGAGGUUCUCCCUUGUUCCAGGCUCGCUCAUAUUGAGAGAGCUCACAAACCCUACACUGAGGAUCUCACUGCCCACGUCCGCAGAAACGCACUGAGGGUAGCGGAGGUCUGGAUGGACGAGUUCAAAAGUCAUGUCUACAUGGCCUGGAACAUUCCAAUCGAGAAUUCAGGGAUUGACAUUGGAGCCAUUUCAAACAGAAAGGCUCUGAGGCAACGAUUACAAUGCAAAGGCUUUAAAUGGUAUCUGCACAAUGUGUACCCUGAGAUGAGAUUGUACACGGACACUGUGGCCUAUGGCAUGCUCAAAAAUGUCCUGAAAAAUGAUUUGUGCCUUGAUCAGGGGCCAGAAAUGGACAAUAUUCCAAUUAUGUACAUUUGCCAUGGAAUGACAUCACAGAACAUUUACUACAUGAGCAACCAGCAGAUCCGUGUGGGGGUGCUGAGUCCCACUAUUGAUGACAAUGACAACAAGUGCCUGGUAGAUGUCAACAACAGGCCCAGGCUGAUUGAGUGCAGUUAUGCCAAAGCCAAGCGAAUGAAACUUUAUUGGCUUUUUACUCAGGGUGGUUCGAUACAGAACAGAAAAUCAAAGAGGUGCCUGGAGCUUCAAGGAAGUCCUGACAAUGAGUUUGGGUUCCAACUUUUACUUCAGAAAUGUACUGGCCAGCGAUGGACCAUCUCUAAUGUCUUAAAGAAGACAUCGUCCCAGUGAACCUCUGACCCCUACCUUCCUGUCCUUGCCCUUUCUGUGCUACUAUGUAGCAUGUUUUGCAAAGUUCUGCUGUAAUUAUAUUUUGUGCCUCAGG